AUGAGGUCGAAGAAGCUGGUGGUGGCCCUCGCAAGGAAGUGGAAAACGAUGGCUGGCUUUGGAAGAAGAACCAUAUCUAUCAACCGCAAGCCAGAAAGAGCAGGCCAUUUUGUUGUCUACUCUUCGGACAAGAGACGUUUCGUUGUUCCCUUGGCAUAUCUCCGCACCAAGAUUUUCCAAGAGCUGUUAAGAUUGUCGGAGGAAGAGUUCGGAAUGCCCAAGGAUGGCCCUAUAACUUUGCCAUGCGAUGCAGCAGUGUUAGAAGAACAAAUAGAGAUUGGUGAAGUAGUUGAAGAUGAUUCUUCUAUUCCUCCUUAUCAGACGCAUGGCGUCCAAGCAGAUGAAGUACAGUUCAUCUUCUCCGUUAAGAAAUUGACUGUUGCUAUCAGUGGAACAUGA